AGAUGCACUCAAGCGCCGCAUGCAACCAAGAGUAGUAGACUGCCUGGUCAGUAUAAGAAUCUCACGACGUUUCUCAAUCACGAAUACACCUUCCGAGUCUCCAGCAUUGCACUGAAUUCCCGUCCUGACAGCCUUCCGCAUUAAGUCCAUCACCUACUCGCUUUUACCCAUCUGAUCACAAUCACAUCUUCACAACCCCCAUAGUUAUCCCUGUCCAUGGCAAACGAAACCAGUGGCACCGUCUACGUGCGCGUACAAAUCCACAUCGGGUCGCCGCCCGGGGUGCUCCUCCGAUUUCCCAACAUCGAACUGGCCCGGUAUUACUACACCAUGGUCCGACGUUCACGCAAACGCAACCAAGUGCGUCCGAGAGAACCGGGUAGUACCGGACACCGCAAUGAAGACUGCCAGGUGCUGCUGAACCUGCCUUCUGAUCUGGGCGAAGUCAAAAUCGAAAGCAGCCGGUCUCUGCGGGGCCUCAUGCUACGUUUCAAAUCCCCAAGAGACGCCAAACUAUGGGCCGACCCCAUCUUCUUUAGGGUGCCCGGCAGGUCCCGAAGCUCGCUUUUCGUCAAGCAGUGUUGGCAGCCCAACGAGCUGGAGGCUGCUCUAAGACCUAGUACUGCUAGUACUAGUAUCAGGGACAGGCCCAGGAGUCGGAGCCGAGAGCGGUCAGACGGACGACAUACUAGUAGAAGGAGGAGUGAUGGGGACGGGGAAAGGGACAGGGAGAUUGGCAGGAGCCCGCCCAGACCAGAACACACGUGGUAGAGAGUUGGUGAAUUAAGGAGACAAGGGAUAAUCGCUGCUCGGAAUGGA